AUGGAACUGCCAAAAUCAGAUGAUGACGCGCCAUACGAAGAGCAGUCCAACGUCAUUGCUUCGCCGAGGAAAAGGAAACUAAGCGCAACCAAUGAUUUUCGCAACGCUGAGAACAGGUCCGAGCUAGGGAGUGGAGCUCCCGCUUCUGACUCAUCCAAAUGGCAAAAAGGCAUCGAAGGGAUCCCUUUGCAGAUGUCAGACAAAAAUCACCCGGCUUCACCUCCUUGGAUUCGAAUCCGAUCUCCAUCCAUUGAGGUCAUCAGUAAUCCGUUGUCACCACUUUCUUCGGAUACAGCUCCUUUGAUCGACAACUAUGCGCCUUCUGUUGAUCAUGAUGUUCAAAGUGGCGUGGAAAUGCCCUCCCGUCGUGUAACCGAUUUCGGUGUCAAUGCACCUGGUGUAUACAGCGAUGCACUAACAAUCGACGCUUGCAGACGCUUGCUCAUUGAACCGAGGGACCGUGUCUCAGGUCUAUUUCUGUGCAAACCAAACAUCCUUGCUGUUUCGCGACAUGUUCCACCUACCGGGUGA